AUGGACCGCUCACUGGAGGCAAGCCAUCGCAAAGCAGCAACUUUCGCAAUUUGCGCCAGCUGCGCCAAAGCCGGUGUAGCAUGCGUUGGCUACGACCCCAUUACCAAAAAGGAGAUCCCGCGCAGCUAUGUAUUUUAUCUCGAAACUCGAGUAGAACAGCUUGAAAAGCUGCUCUCUUCGAAUAGUGUUCCAUAUCCACCUGCUGAGAAUCUGGAGCUCUGCUCCCGCCCGAGCGCCGACACAGUCCCGCGAGAUUCGGGCUCCGCCAAUGGAGGCGCUUCGGGCCAGGUUCUAAAUAGCGCGCGAACCGAAUCUUUGGCGGCGAAAAAAGAAGGGCAGAGUCCAGCGAUGAUGAAUUUGGUUGGAACUUCAAAGCCAAAAUCUCUUGCUUCGGCAUCCGGGGUUUCGUUUGCCAGAGUUGUUUUCGCCGCUGUCCAAUAUUCCGUAUCAGAUCAACACGGCCCUACCGAGCGAGCAGGGGGAGGCGCCGGUACCUCGAUGCGCGAUUCCUUCUUUGGCCUUCACGCAAGACCAACCAUUCAACCAGCGCCUUUUCCGCCUCGUGAGGUUGGAAUGAGACUCGUAACCCUCUACUUCGAGCAUGCAAACCCGCAAAUUCCCAUCCUUCAUAGAGGCGAGUUUAUGCAGAUGUUUGAGCAAGCCUACGCCAGCUCGCCCGAAUCUCUGGCCUCCCGGGAGCUCUAUAUGCUGAACAUGGUAUUCGCAAUUGGUUGCGGUGUCAUUGUGGGAGAACCUGUCAAGACAGAGGCAUCUGGCACAGCCAAAAUCGGCUCUCAGCAAGGAAAGGGUCAGUGCGAGCCUGAAGAGUAUCAUGCAAGCGCUAUUGUGCACCUGGAAUCCUGUCUGAGCUUCAGUGGAGGCGGCCUCGAAGUUUUGCAGGCUGUACUCUUACUAGCCAACUUUGCGCUUCUUCGCCCAGUUCCUCCUGGCCUGUGGUACAUCACUGGCGUAGCCGUGCGUCUUGCUGUUGAUCUGGGCUUGCAUUACGAAGAGGGAGGAGAAGCAGAAAACUCGGGGCCAGAAGACCCAGCUGGCGAACAAGAUUCAAGCGCCCGGGAGCGAGGGCGGAGACAAUAUGUGCGAGAUAUGAGGCGACGCUUGUGGUGGUGCACCUAUUCGUUUGAUCGAUUGGUAAGCACGUGUGUCGGGCGACCAUUUGGUGUCAGCGACCAAGUUAUCACUACUGAGCUUCCGUCCGUAUUGGACGACGACUACGUUACUCCGACGGGCUUUGUCGACCCUCCAGUAGACGACGAACGGCCGAGCUACAAACAUGUUGCCCAUCACUAUUUUCGACUACGAAUGCUACAAUCGGAGAUCUUGCAAGUUCUCCAAUACAACCAAGCUCAACUUGCACGUCAAGGCAAUCAGGUACCUUGCUACCCUGAGAUGCGCAAUCACAUUCCCUCGCCUUUCCUCGUCAAGUUCGAUUCGUUCCGGUCUUGGAGGAGCGAUAUUGACAAACGUCUCUACCAUUGGAAGUCAUCAGCGCCAACGAGGCAAGAAACUGGGGUUGCCUUCUCAACGGAAUUCCUCGAGCUCAACUACUGGCAAGCUAUCAUCAUGCUAUACAGACAGAGCUUGAGCGUCCCAGCCAUGUUUGAAGGCGAAUACAACACGUCAAACGAGGUCAACAGCCCAACCGCAUUUACUGCAGAGCUCCGAGAAGACGAGGACCGCAUCUAUCUCAAGGUAGCGGAAGCAGGACAAAAGAUCCUGCGCAUAUACAGGCAACUCCAUCUCAGUGGACUUGUUAGCUACACAUAUUUGUCAACGCACCACCUGUUUAUGGCCGGCAUUUCAUAUUUGUACGCUAUUUGGCAUUCACCGUUGGUACGGAGUCGCCUGUCGAUGGAUGAGGUGGACUUCACCGUUCUAGCAGCCAAGUCUGUCUUUACCGACAUGAUUGACAAGUGCCCGCCGGCAGAAACAUGCAGAGACGCAUUCGAUCGAACAGCGAAGGCGACAAUUAAGAUGGCAAGCUCAAACGGCGGCUUUGGCACUACAAACCCCCGGCCACGCCGGCAGCGCAGAGAGACGACAACCUGGGUCACAGCUCCUGUGCCCGACGUUACGUCCAUGAAGCCUACUUCGCGGCACCGGGCUCAGGCUUCAGAAAGCCAGGGCUACCAGUUUGACCUGGCAAUGGGAGAUAACGUAUCCUCCCCGGGAAUAUCUGCAGCUGGCGAGACUUCGGCGCAGAACACACCGCCACUGGGCACGUCGAAAACUUUUGACAGUGACACGCUCAUGUCGGAGACACGGAGACACAGCGGACCCAGCCCGGCGGAUGGCUCCAUCAGCCAGGACGGCAGCUCGAUUGACCCCCUCGUUCAUUCGCCCCCGUUGACUCGCAGGAUGACCACACAUGGAGGCAACAACACGUUCAUGGGCCAACAGUUUGGCAUGCAGGGUUCCAUGGACUAUCCCGAUAGUCAGACGAUGGAGUUUCUCCAGACACUGGGAGCCACACCAAAUGGGGACUUUUCGUCGGUGGAUCAGGCACAGCUGGAUCUCGGGUUCGGGAUCAACUGGGAAGGCAUGCAUAAUGACUUUAGCGAGGGCGGGCAUAUCAAUCCUUUCGACACGUUCUUCUUUGGCGGGCAGCCAAACGCGGGCAAUAAUAACAACGGCAACAACGGCAGCAACGGCAACAACGGCGCUGGGUCUGGAGGGGGUAUCUCUAUGUAA